AUGCCCCCGAAGGCAUCCAAGCGCUGGGUGCCGGUUAACCGACCGGGCGUGGCGUCUCCUGCUGCGGGCAACCCGUCCAACGGAAUGCUCCCUAAGGUAUCGAAGCGGUGGGUGCCGGUUAACCGGCCGGCUGUGACGCCUUCUGCUGCAGGCAACCCGUCCGACGGAAUGCCACCGAAGCCGGCCGACAGUAACGUCUCCUGUUGCAGGCAACCCGUCCGACGGAGUGCCCCGAAGGUAGUGCCAGUGAACCAACCUAUUGGGACGGGGAAGCCUUGCAGGGCAGGCAAACCACCGAACCAAAUCCCCCGGAAGGUAUCCAAGCAAUGGGUACCGGUUAACCGACCUCCAACUGUUGAGACAUCUCGCGGGGCAGGCGAACCCGCCGACAGGCUCAGCGACCUCCCGGACGCGCUGCUGCACCACAUCAUGUCGUUCCUGAAGGCGUGGGAGGUGGUCCGCACAUGCAGGCUCUCGCGAAGGUGGCGCAACCUCUGGGCUUCUGCGCCUUGCAUCGACGUCCGCGUGGGACUCCAUGAUAACCCACCUGAGGAAUUCGCCAGGUUUGUUAACCGGUUGCUGCGCAGCCGGGACGCGCUCACGCCACUGGACACACUCCGUGUGCGCUCGGUUGGUGAGGAUGAUUUCUACGAGACUUAUAACGAUGGCAAUGUCAAGAGCUGGAUCCGUACCGCUAUCAAGCAAAAAGCUCGUGCUAUUCAGCUUAAUGGGCAUCUCCACAAGUACAUUACGCUGGAUCACAUAGACUUCGCCUCUUGCCAUCUCAAAAUCUUGAAACUGUCAUAUGUCGAGCUAGAUGAUAAAGUUGUGAAGCAGCUCUCUUCUCAGUGCCCUUUGGAAGAACUAGAGCUCAAGAGCUGUUUGGUAGGUGCCCAUGAGAUUUUGUCCUUCUCUCUGAAGAGUUUGACCAUGGUCAAGUGCAAGUUUACUAUGAACCUCUCGGUGGAUGCUCCAAACCUCAUGCUCUUUCGUUGCAUCAAACCGGAGCAGUGGGUUCCUGUAUUCAAGAACUCUCUGUCUUUUAUCAGAGGUAGUAUCCUGCUUGAUGACUCUUUAUUAAGUCGGGAGUUUCAAAAGUACCAUGAGGAUGAGGAUGAAUUCCCUCAGACUAGCGAUGAAGAUGACGACAUGGAUAAUAGAAAUGGCCAGUACAAUGGUAAAAGUGCUGCUGCUGCUGAAAGUGGUGCUGAGGGCUUUCUGGAUAGUAUCUUGUUUGGCAGCUUUUCUGAUUAUUGUGAUGGCUAUUCUGAUGAUUUUUAUGAUGGCUAUUCCGAUGACAUCAAAGAUGAUUAUGAUUAUGGAAGUGAUAUCAAUAGCGACGAUGAUACAUACGAAUAUAGUGAAAUUGCAAAUGGCUCUGAAGAUAAAUAUUUUGCAAAUGACUUUGAAUUCAGUAAGGGUGGUAAAAUUUCUGGCUACAGUGGAAACUAUGGGUUUAACGACUAUAAAACCUUAGGUGGCCAAAAUAUUCUUUGCAGCCUUUUAAAUGCCAGAAGCAUAUAG